AUGUCGAAGAACGCGCUGAAGAAGCUGCUGAAGAAGCGCGACAUCGCGGCGCGCAAGGCCGCGAGCGCGGCGGAGAAGGCCGCGGCCGUCGGCGGCGGCGGCGCGGCCGGCGGCGGCGCCGCGGCGGAGGCCGCGGGCCCGCCGCUCGUCGCGGCGGCGCCCGCGGCCUUCGGGGCGCCGGCGGCGGGCCUGCGCUUCGGCGACUACGCGACGUGCCAGUCGGCCGUGGAGCUCGACGGCGCGCCCGCGGCCGUCGGCGCGCUCGAUUCGCCCGCGGACGACGUCUGGGUCCGCGCGCGCGUCGCGAACGUGCGCGCCAAGGGCAACUCCUGCUUCCUCGUGCUCCGGGGCCUCGACGACGCCCUGGAGACGGUGCAGUGCUGCUACUUCAAGAACGCGGACGACGGCGCCCGGAGCAAGGACGUGCUCAAGUUCCUCGCGGAUUUGACGGACGAGUCCGUCGUCGACGCGCGCGGCGCGCUCGUCGCCGCGGACGUCGCGAGCUGCUCGCGGUCGACCGUGGAGAUCCAGCUCAAGUCGCUCUUCGUCGUGACGCGGGCGCCGAAGGUGCUGCCGUUCCUCGUCGAGGACGCCGCGCGGUCCGAGGCCGUCAUCGAGGCCUCUCAAUCCACGGAGCGGCCCUUCGCGUCCGUGGGCCAGGAGGCGCGCCUCGAUUACCGCUGGCUCGACCUGCGCACGCCGGCCCAGGGGUCCGUGAUGCGCGUCCAGGCCGCGGUCUGCAAGCUCUUCCGGCGGACGAUGGACGACGCGGGCUUCACGGAGAUCCACUCGCCGAAGCUCGUCGGCGGCGAGUCCGAGUCCGGCGCGGGCGUCUUCACGACGGAGUACUUCGGGAGCACGGCCUGCCUCGCCCAGUCGCCCCAGCUCUACAAGCAGCUCGCCCGACGCGACCUCGGCGCGGUCUUCGAGGUCGGCCCCGUGUUCCGGGCCGAGAACUCGAACACGCGGCGGCACUUGUGCGAGUUCACGGGCCUGGACUUCGAGAUGCCCAUCACGUCGCACUACCUCGAGGCCGUGCGCGUCGGCCACCGCACCUUCAAGGCCAUCUUCGAGGGCCUCGAGCGCGACUUCUCGAAGGAACUCGCGGCCGUCCGCGACCAGUACCCGUCGGAGCCCGUCGUCGUGUCCGACGAGCCCGUCGUGAUCCACUUCGCCGACGCCAUCGCCAUGCUCCGGGACAGCGGCGUGGACGUGGAAGACGACUACGGCGACCUCAGCGGCGCGGACGAGCUCGCGCUCGGCGCUUUGGUCAAGGAGCAGCACGGCGUCGACUUCUUCGUCGUCGACCGCUACCCGGCGGCGAUCCGCCCCUUCUACACCAUGCGCGACCCGUCCGACGACCGGCUGUCCAACUCCUACGACUUCUUCCUGCGGGGCCAGGAGAUCUGCUCCGGCGCGCAGCGCGUCCACGACCCCGCGAUGCUCGAGGCCGCGCUCAAAGCCAAGGGCAUCGACCCGGGCGCGGAGGACCUGUCGCCGUCGCUCAAGAGCUACAUGACGGCCUUCGAGCACGGCGCGCCGCCCCACGCGGGCUGCGGCUUCGGCCUCGAGCGCGUCGUCUUCCUCUACCUGGGCCUCGACAACAUCCGCAAGGCGUCCCUCUUCCCCCGGGACCCGAAGCGGUGCGCGCCCUAG